GUUUUCGACCGCGCUGCUGGGUCGUGGUUGGUGCCCCUGGCCAUCAGUUUCCCACGCCACGCCAGCAUGCAGCUAGCCAGCUCCUCCUUUGCCCGCCCAUGUUUUGCGUGCACAGCAUAACGAAUCCCCUAUAAAGCAUAUGUACACAGGCACCCUACUCAACACGCAUAUCAUUGAGGAAAAAACUCACUUGUUGGUUUUUCAUCACAAUCAUUAUUCUCAUCAUCAUCUGCUAGCUAGCUAGUCCAUUGAUCAUUAGCUAGCAGCUACCAAGCUAAGCCGACGACGAUGACGACCACGUUAGUGACGGUGGACAUAACGCGCCGCACGGUGCUGAAACCCCCACCACCGGCGUCCUCCCGCGGCGGCGGCGGCAGCCUGUCCCGGCUGACGUCCUUCGACCGCGCCUCCACCGACGGCUACAUCCCGACCGUCUUCGCGUGGUACGCGCCUGCGCCGGACAACGAGGCCAUAGUGGAUGGCCUCCUCGCUGUGGUCGCGAGGUACCCGCACCUGUCGGCCCGCAUGGGUGUCGACGACCGCGGCAGGAAGUGCUUCCUCCUCAACGACGCCGGGGUGCUUGUCGUGGAGGCCACCGCCGACGCCGACCUUGCCGACGCGCUGGUGGCUCACGACGUGACGGCGCACAUCAACGAACUGUACCCCAAGGCUGAUAAGGAACGUGAGGACGAGCCUCUCUUCCAGGUCCAGCUGACGCGGUACACGUGCGGCGGCCUGGUGAUCGGCACGGUGUGCCAACACCUCGUCGCCGACGGGCAGUCCAUGAGCUCCUUCUACGCGGCCUGGGCCACGGCCGUGCGCAGCGCCUCGGCAGCCGAUCUACCGUCGCCCUUCACCGACCGCGCGGCCAUCGCCGUCCCACGCAACCCGCCCGUGCCCAGGUUCGACCACCGGAACAUCGAGUUCCGCGGCGAGCAUAGCUCGAGCCGCCCCUACGCCGUCCUCCCCAUGGACAGGAUCAAGAACCUCGGCAUCAACUUCCCGGAGCAGUUCAUCGCCGACCUCAAGGCCCGCGUGGGCGGCCGGUGCACCACGUUCCAGUGCCUCCUGGCGCACGUCUGGAAGAAGGUCACGGCGGCGCGGGACCUGGCGCCGGAGGAGUUCACGCAGAUAAGGGUCGCCGUGAACUGCAGGGGCCGCGCCGACCCUCCGGUGCCCAUGGAGUACUUCGGUAACAUGGUGCUGUGGGCGUUCCCGCGGAUGCAGGCCCGGGAGCUGCUGUCCUCCAGCUACGCCGCGGUGGUCGGCGCCAUCCGCGACGCCGUCGCGCGCGUCGACGCCGAGUACAUCCAGUCCUUCGUCGACUUCGGGGACAUGGCGGAACGCGCCGGCGAGGAGCUGGCGUCCACGGCCGCGGGUCCGGGCACGGCCUUCUGCCCGGACCUGGAGGUGGACAGCUGGCUGGGGUUCAGAUUCCAUGACCUCGACUUCGGGUACGGGGCACCGUGCGCCUUCCUGCCGCCCGACCUCCCCGUCGAGGGUCUCAUGAUCCUGGUGCCGUCGUGCGCGGCCAAGGGUGGCGUCGACCUCUUCAUGGCUCUCGACGAUGACCACGUUGAUGCCUUCAAACACAUCUGCUACUCCAUGGAUUGAUCGCUAGCUCAACAAAACAAAGACGAGUAUGUCCGCGCGCGGUAUAUCUACGUAGUACACAGCCACGUACGUCUUUGUAAUACUGCAAGCGAUAUCGUGUUGAUUACGUACGUACGUGGGCAUCUGUUAUAUGUACAUGACCAAUUGUGUAUAUUACGUAUGACCAAUUAUUCUUCAUACACAGUACACACAUAGAGAUUCACAACGCUAGCUUGUGCACAUUCACAUCUAAAAACGUACACGUGUAAACACUACCUUUGUAAGUAUAUUCGAAGACUGAGAGCCAGCAAAUUCAAUGUAUUAAAAAUAUAGUCGUCUAAAAGUAUUAAGAGCGCAUCUGCAAGUGACUUUUAAUUUU